AUGCUGCCUACAUCUCGACUCCUCAUCAACCAAACGCUGCGACGAUGCGCACCGCACGAUCGAUCGAAAACCAUCGGCUUCAUCGGUCUCGGAGCCAUGGGUAAAGAGAUGGCCAACAACCUCCUCUCCAAGACACUCUCUGCCAACAAGGACCCCGCUGUCACCUUUGUCGUGCACGAUGCUUUCGAGCAAUCCAUCACCCGCUUCUUGACUGCAAACACUUUGCUUUUCUCGAAUCGCAACAUUCUUGCUGCCUCCUCACCCGCCGGGAUCGCAAAGCUUUCGGGCACUAUCGUAACCAUGCUCCCAUCUUCUCCACAGGUCAAGAGCGUCUAUACGGAAGAGAAUGGUAUCUUGGAAGGUCUGGAAUCGUUCAAGUUCACAAGUGCCGAUGACGUCCAAGCAAAGACUCUUUGUAUCGACUGCACCACUCUCGACCCCAAAGUAGCCGUUGACACCGCAGCGUUCAUCAAAAACGCCAAUACCAACGGAGCCUUCGACAUGAUCGAUGCCCCCGUCUCAGGCGGUGUGGUAGGUGCAAAUGCCGGUACGCUGAGCUUCAUGGUUGGUUCCGACUCCACCGAAACUUUUGCUGCUGCUGAACCCCACCUCGCUCUGAUGGGAAGCCGCGCGAUUCACUGCGGCAAGAAUGGAAACGGUCUCAUCGCCAAAAUCGCCAACAAUCUCCUCCUUGGCAUUUCUAUGCUUGGCGUUACAGAAGCCAUGCUUCUCGGGACAGCACACGGUCUGCCACCCAACGUUCUAGCUGGAAUCAUCAACACUUCCACCGGCAAAUGCUGGUCAAGCGAAGUCAAUAACCCUUGCCCAGGAGCACUGGAGGGGACAAAGUACAGUCCACCAGCAGACAGAGACUAUCAAGGUGGAUUCGCAGCAAGAUUGAUGGCAAAAGAUCUGAAGUUGGCUAUGAACACAGCGAAGUUAGAGGGUGUUCCAACACCACUCGGACAGCUAACGGCGAGUAUUUAUGAAGCACUGGGUGGUAAUGAAGAGUAUGGCGGAAAGGACUUUGCUGUUGCUUACAAGGCCUUGAGGGCUGCGUUGGGGAGGGAGGAGUUUAAGGGUGGACGUGAGGACGUUUAA